AUGCGCGAUUGCGGCUACGAUGUUCGUAGUAUAUGGGAAUGCGAGUUUGACGAGGUGAAAUUGAGAAACCAAGAGAUCGCCUCCUACGUGAAAAAUCAUCCUCUAAUGAGUCGAAUAACUUUAAAUCCACGAGAUGCAUUUUUUGGAGGGCGAACAGAAAACAACAUACCUUUUUACAAAGUCAAAGACGGCGAGAAAAUCAAAUAUACAGGCAUUUGUUCGCUGUACCCGUACAUCUGUAAGUGUGGAAAAUUCCCAAUCGGUCAUCCGCGUAUUUCCGUAGGUGAAGAGUGUCGCGAAUUGAUUCGCGAUGAUUACAACAAUCUUGACGGUGUCGAGGGCUUGGUCAAGUGCAGAGUUUUACCGCCGCAAAAUUUGUAUAUGCCGCUGCUGCCUGUUAAAAUGCACGGUCGCCUCCUCUUUGCGCUAUGUUGCUCUUGUUGCGCCGAGGCGCGCACCGUAGAUAGUCAUCACAAGCAAAUAGCGGAUCGUGAGUUUACCGGUACUUGGGUGGCGGACGAGCUGCGCAAAGCCGUUGAGCUCGGUUAUCGCAUAAGCGAGAUAUACAUCAUUUGGCAGUACGACACGACGCACUUCGAUGGUACGAAAGGUGGGCUCUUUGCGCAGUAUGUAAAUCUAUUUUUGAAGAUAAAACAAGAAGCCUCCGACUGGCCCAGCUGGUGUAUCAACGAAAAUGCGAAAGCGCGAUAUUUAGCCGAGUACGAGCGCGAUGAGGGUAUCGUUCUAGAUCGUGAAAAAAUUAAGAAAAAUCCUGGAUUACGGGCUGUUGACAAACUUUGUUUAAAUAGCUUAUGGGGUAAAUUCGGUUAG